UAAAAAUAAAAAUAAAAAUGGGUAGGAUGGCGGUGAAAUUAUUGGGGAACUAAAAAUAAAAGCAAAGAGUAUCGAAAUUCCUUGAAAAUCAGAAAGAAUGGAAGAAGAAAGUGGGAGAGUGAAGUCAAUAUUUGUGUACCCAAUCAAAUCAUGCCGAGGAAUGGCAGUUGCUCAAGCACCCAUCACUUCUACUGGAUUUCGGUGGGACAGGCAAUGGAUGAUUGUCAAUGCAAAUGGGAGAAUGAUCACCCAAAGGGCUGAACCAAAGCUUGCACUGAUUGAAGUCGAGUUGCCCACUGAAGCAUUUUCUGAGAGCUGGGAACCUUCAAGUGACUCAUACAUGGUGAUAAGAGCUCCUGGUAUGGAUACGCUGAAGGUUUCUUUGAGUAAACCCCGUGAUAUAGUUGAGCAUGUAUCUGUAUGGAAUUGGAAGGGAUCUGCAUUAGAUGAAGGAGCCACAGCAGCUGAGUGGCUCUCAAACCACCUUGGUAAAGUGAGCCGGUUGGUGAGAUUUGAUCCAGCAUCACAAACUAGAGCCACAGAUCCUGACUAUGCAGAUGGUUACAAAACCAUGUUCUCUGACCAGUUCCCUUUCAUGCUGAUAUCCCAGGGAUCACUAGACGCAAUGAACAAAAUUCUCAAGGAGCCAAUACCAAUAAACCGUUUCAGACCCAACAUUCUUGUUGAAGGCUGUGGACCAUUUUCCGAGGACCUGUGGAAGGAGAUCAGAAUCAACAAGUUAACGUUUUAUGGCGUAAAGCUAUGUUCAAGGUGCAAGAUACCUACAAUCGAUCAAGAAUCAGGGAUUGUUAGUUCAGAGCCAACAGAAACUCUCCAGGGAUUUAGGUCAGAUAAAAUCUUGCUUCCGAAUAAAAAACCUCAAGGCCAGGUUUAUGUUGGACAACACUUAGUUUGUAAGGAAUGCUUUACCAAUGAUAGCGGCAAUGUAAUUCAAGUGGGCGAUCCCCUGUUUGUCGUGCAUCAACUUUCUUCAACUGCCGAGGCUGCAGCAUAAUACUAUAUGCCAUAGGAAAUUGUAUUGCAUUAUAACAUGCGUAUGCUAUAGUAUAGCUGUAUAAGGAAGAUUGCCACUUUGAUAGCUAAAUAAUGAGCACCAUGUGUUAGGUGUUUUUCAUGUCAAACAUUGUUUUGUCAUAGACAAAUUUCACCGGAAACACUCUAUGUUAUACCCAUGUUGUUGCGAAAGAAAACAAUUCAGAACAAACUUAUCUUGAA